AUGACAGUCUCAUUCCUCAACUUCCUCUCAGGCCUCUUUGGUUGGGUUUACUUUUUCGCUUGGAGCGCGUCUUUCUAUCCUCAGCCCUUGCUCAACUGGCGUCGUCGCUCCACAACUGGAACCACUGUCGAUUUCCCCUUGAUCAACGUCCUCGGUUUCGCUGCAUACUUCAGCUCAAAUGUAGCCUUCUACUACUCACCCGAGAUCCGUGCCCAGUAUGCUGCCAGACACAAGGGCCUUGAAUCUACCGUCCAGUUCAACGACAUCACAUUCGCUCUUCACGCCCUGUUUCUCUCCAUCAUCACAACCUCACAGUACCUCUCACCUGCUCUGUGGGGAUUUACCCCCAAUGCUGGAAACCGUCCUAGUCGCUUCAUUCUUGGAGUAGCAGCCGGCUGUAUUACAGGCGUCUUGUGCACAUGUGCCAUUGUUUCCGCUUCGCCUGGAAACGACGCCGUCUAUGACUGGGUCGCCCUCGAUAUCGUCUACGCCGUCGGCUACGUGAAGCUUAUUGUCACUCUGAUCAAGUACACGCCCCAGAUCGUCGCAAACUACAGAAACCAGAGCACCGAAGGUUGGAGCAUCUUCCAGAUCUUACUGGAUCUCACUGGCGGUGUCCUCAGCGUCAGCCAGCAGGCUAUUGAUAGCUACCAACAGCGUGACUGGAGUGGCAUUACUGGAAACCCCGUCAAAUUUUCCCUUGGCAACAUCAGCAUGAUAUACGACUCUGUUUUCAUCGUCCAGCACUACGUUUUGUACCGUGACGCUGAGAGCACGCAAUCCAGCGAACGCGAGAACGAGAGCUUGUUGCAAGACGAGGAGCGAAGCGCAGAGCGUAGUGGGUAA